AUGGCGCUGCUCACCCACCUCCUGGCCUGUGCCUUUGGCAUGGGCUCCUGGGUGGCCAUCAACGGGCUGUGGGUCGAGCUGCCGCUGCUGGUGACAGUGCUGCCGGAGCAGUGGGACCUGCCCUCCUACAUCACCAUCAUCAUCCAGAUGGCCAAUGUGGGGCCGCUCUUCGUCGCCCUCAUGCACCACUUCCGGCCUGGAUGGCUGAAGGAGGUGGUGGUCAUCUACGUGGUGGUGUCCGUGGGUGUCCUGUCCUGCUUGCUGCUGGCCUUCCUCUGGGACUACACGUCCCCCCUUGGCGGAGGCACACACAGCACCGCCUUCCUGCUCCUCACCUUCUUCCUGUCCCUGGUGGACUGCACCUCCUCUGUCACCUUCCUGCCCUUCAUGAUGCAGCUGCAGCCCCAGUACCUGACCACCUUCUUCGUGGGGGAAGGGCUCAGCGGGCUGAUCCCAGCUGUCAUUGCCCUGGGCCAGGGCUCUGGCAUCUCCAGCUGCUUCAACCACACGUUUGAGGUCAACAUCACCAUUGAUAAUGUCACCAUGGAGAGCCUCACCUCCCAGCUGGAGACCCGCUACUUCCCACCCAACUUCUCUCCAUUCCUCUUCUUCCUCCUCAUGACUGUAAUGAUGGUGGCCUGCUUGCUGGCCUUCUUCUUCCUCACCAAGCAGCCCAAGGUGUGGGUCCUCUCCCAGCAGCAGCUCUUUUCCAGCAACGUCAUGCUGAGCUCCUUUGACCAGAUCCCAGAAGAGGGAGCUGGCUCAGGGCUGAGCAGCGUCUGCCCGUGCCCAAAGGAUGCCAAGGGGCCUGGGGACAUCCUGCCAGAGAAGGUCUCCUACUCUGUGGCUGAGUUCACCUUCAUCUACUUCCUCAUCGCCUGGGUGUCCUCCCUGACCAACGGGGUCCUGCCCUCCGUGCAGUCCUACUCCUGCCUGCCCUAUGGCAACACUGCCUACCACUUGACAGCCACACUCAGCUCUGUGGCCAACCCCCUUGCCUGCAUGGUGGCCAUGAUCCUGCCCAGAAGGUCCCUAGCCCUGCUGGGCAUCCUCACCGUGGUAGGGACAGGUUGUGGUGCCUACAACAUGGCCAUGGCGGUGAUGAGUCCUUGCCCAAUCCUCCAGCAGUCCCCAUGGGGCGAUGUCACCAUUGUCCUCUUCUGGGUGCUGUUCACCGGGAUGCUCACCUACGUCAAGGUUAUGGCCGGAGUGAUCUUGCGGAGCCUCAGCCACAGCGCCCUGGUGUGGUACGGGGCCCUGGAGCAGCUGGGGUCCCUCCUGGGGGCCCUCAUCAUGUUCCCCCUCGUCAACAUCUAUCACUUCUUCCAGUCUGCUGACUAUUGCAACCUUCAGUGCUGA